ACGACGACCAAUUCCCCGCACCGCAUCGGGACACAUCCCCUACCAGCACCUCUCUCCGGGGAAAUAUCGAGGCGUAUAUGAGAUCUUCAUUAAUUUCCGCAGGCGAAGAUGGCGUUCGUGGCUGGCUGACCGAGUAGCUGUCGGGCUCCAGGCACUCUGGACGGCCAUAUAUCAAUCAUGCCAGGCCCUGUGGAGCUGGACUGUUUCGACGGCAUCUCAUCCACACUCGUUUAACCCAUUGUACAUCCCGCGCCAGCGAUUACACUCGUUUAUCAAUAUGCGUCCUACCACACUCGUCUUCGCCCUCAUGGCCGCUGUGGCCACUGCCUCCCCGUGGCAGCCCCACGGCCAUCAACCUCACCAACACCAAUCUAUCUGCACGUCGACCAAGUACAAAGGCACCGUGACCAAGACCAAAUACACCUCGACGACCACCGAGACGUCGACCAUCACUACGGGAACGGCAACUACGACUACCACCUCGACUAGCACGAGCAUCCCCACGAUCCUCACCUGCUCUACUCCGGCGGCGGCAGUCAGCAAGCGUGACAACUCCGGCUACCAUGGCUGCUGGACCACGACUACCGUUACUCGUCCCUCGACGACCACGCUCUCGACUGUUAAAACCAAGACGACUAGCACGACAGUCGCUUCGACCACCGUCACGAUGACCUCUGUAGCUACCGUUACUGGCGUUGUCAAUACCUUCCUCGGCCCGUUCCAAAUCUACGACACCGCUGCACCAGUGAACAACUAUUUCGAGAUCACGUAUGAUAAUAACGACGAUGCUUACAUCACUGAGGCGUCCGACCCCGACCAGGAAUACGUCCUCACAGCCGGCGUGAUUACUACCGCGGGCGAGAAUCUCGGCUUCACGCUUGGUACAAGCCCUACGCAGGCUGGCACUGACAGUCUGGACGCCGACACUGUCUUUGCCUUCGUGGGAACAGCUGUUCUUCCGACCGACGCACAGGACUUGACGUGCUCCAUUACCCAGAACGAGGACGGCUCGUGUCCUCUGAGCUGCACUGGGAACGGCGGCUCGCAGUUCUUCACCUGCAGCGACGACCUCAAUAAUGCCGUCCAAAUCGGCGAGGAGGGCGGGGAUUGUGCCACCGAUGACGCGUAUACCGAGGUCACUCCGUUCGUCAUUUCGGUGUCAGAGUGCCGUCGUUCGUUGGACGGACGCAGUUGUUAGGAGUCCGGGGUGGUGAGAGCGCAAAGAGGAGAGGCUGUUGAUGUUCGUAAUGCGGUUUGAGGUCUUUGAGCGGAGCAGAUUGGAGUUUCGUUUCUACUGCAGUAUACAUAAUGGUACCGUUAUCUUUUCUUCAGCGAAUGUACCUUUGCCUCGAGGGCAGGUUGCAUCGAUCAACACGAAGCUGAUUGCCGAGUCCCGUUAUUAAGCUUCUGCUCUGCUUGCAGAUUGAAAUUAUGGUGGCUUUCAAUCUUCGCAUAUGCAUGCUCUAAGUCAGCCACACGCCGCAC